AUGCUCCAGGGGCUCUACUUCAGCUUCACGACGUACCAGAUCUAUGGCAUCAUGUUCCCCGUCUUUCUUCUGGCCGAGAAUGAUCCGUACUUGGGCCCGCUCUGGACGGAAGGCCAGCUCCUCGACGGACAAUGCUACAUCUCGAGCCGCCCUGACUGGACCAACUCGGACUUUACGAGCUCACGCGUCUUCUUCGUCGGCGACUUCCAGGAUCUCUCGUUCGACUGGCAGGACAACGAGCGCACGGUGGACCUCAACGUUUCGAUGCGGCCGUCGUCCGAUGGCAACGGCUCCAAGUCGCUCACCCAGACGAUUUGGAAGCUCAUCCGCAACAACGGCACCGUGUACCUCCAUGUGCACCUCACGCAGAAAGGUGCGUCGCCCGACCCGCGCCAGCGCAACUACCACAAGCUUCGCACGCUGCACCAAGUGACGCCAUUGACCAAGUACGCCGACCGUCGUAACCUCAAGAACGCCACGCGUCUUCUUGGAGAGUACUACAUUGGAGCACCGUCAACCACGACCACGGACGUGUCGGAGCCGAUCCAUCUUCCGGGUGAGCCGAUGGGGGACGACCCUGCGCUAACCGAGUCGAUCGUGUCGUACUGGAAGCCGCACAUGGCGAUUCGACUUGUGACGUCCUUCAAGCACUACCCGAUCAAUGACAUCCCACCACUGGUGUACCACAACCUCCGCAUGGAGAACGUGGACGGGCAUUGGAAGUACUUGCCCGUCAUGUUUGUGGACGAGAUGGGUCUCACGUCCGAGAAGCUCUUGCCGCUCAACCGCUCCGUGACGGAGCUCCCGCUCAAGCUCUCGUAUGCACCCAUGUCCUACGCGCGGUGGCAGAUGAUGCUCACGUUUGGCUCGGCGCUCAGCCAGCAAAAAGAGCUCGGGUUUGGCGAGGACGACCUCGAUCAAAUGCGGUCCCUAAUUGCCGAUACGAACCCGUACCUGCUCGCAGUCACCAUGACCGUGUCGCUGCUGCACAUGCUCUUUGACUGGCUUGCGUUCAAGAGCGAUAUUUCGUUCUGGCAAGAGAACCAGAGUCUCGUUGGUAUCUCUGUGCGCUCCAUGGUCAUCUCGUUCGUGUCUCAGAUCAUUAUCUUCUUGUACCUUCUCGAACAAGAGACGACGCUCUUGAUCCUUGUGCCAAGUGGCAUCAGCAUCGUCAUCCAGAUUUGGAAGCUCUACCGCGCGACAAUGCCUCGUCUCUCGUGGGCCAACCGCUCGAUCGAGCUGACGCGCUCCGCGCCCGAGUCGUCGCAGACGGACGCGAUUGACAUCAUGGCCAUGCGAUACAUGAGCUACGCGCUCUGCCCGCUCCUCCUUGGCUACUCGGUUUACUCGCUGCUCUACAAAGAUCACACGAGCUGGUACUCGUGGCUCCUUGGCAGUUUGACGGGCACUGUGUACACGUUUGGCUUUAUCAUGAUGACACCGCAGCUCUUUAUCAACUACAAGCUGCAGUCGGUCGCGCACCUUCCGUGGCGCUUCCUCAUCUACCGGGCGCUCAACACGUUUAUUGAUGAUUUGUUUGCAUUUAUCAUCACGAUGCCCACGAUGCACCGCAUCAGCUGCUUUCGCGACGACGUGGUCUUCUUCAUCUACCUCUACCAGCGCUGGAUCUACCCUGUGGACACGGCGCGCCGUCACGAAGACAUGGACGAGGCCGCUGCGGGUGCUACGGCGGAUGGUACGGCCGACUCGGCGCGCCUCAAGCAAGAUUAA